AUGCCUGCUGAGUUCCUUGCCACGCACCCCCCUCCACUCUGGCUCACUCUCUACCACCUAGUCACCCGCCUCCCUGACACACUUCGUGCUGGGUGUUCUCCUUCCCCCCUUCUUCCCUCUGUCGCCUCUGCUGCUGCUGUCGACCUUCUUGGUACUGAGAAGGUCGGCGCCGCGUCUGCCUCGAGCGGACGCCGCAGUGGCAAGGGCAAAGGGGGCAAGGGUGGUGGCGGUGACGGCGGGGCAGGCGGCGGUGGGGGCGGUGGAGGCAGUGGGGGUGGUGGCUCGGCUGGAGGGGCGAGUGGUAGCGGUGGGGGUGGUGGCGGCAGCGGCAGGGGAGGUGGCAGGAGUGGAGGCGGCGGUUGGGGUGGCGGUGGACGAGGCGGCGGCAAGGGUUGGGGUGGUCGAGGAGGUGGCAGCGGUGGUGGUGGCCGUGGAGGCACUGGCGGUGGCCAGGGCCAGCAGCACACUCCCUCGCCCAAGGAGGUCCGUGAGUGGUACUCUCAGCACGGGGGUGGGGGUGGUCUUAGCUGCACGUACGUCAUUCGCACUGGUGACCGCACUGGUCAGCAGUGUGGACGACCGCACGCCACACAGCGCUGCUUCUCUCGUCUCGACGACGCUUGGCGUGUUCAGUUCCCUCAGGCCACUGAGCUGCCCCGCUGGCUUGAUCUCCUGAAGAAGGGGAUUGAUAUCUAUGCUCUAGACUUUGAUGCUAUUCUAUCUGCCAUGUAUGUGAUGUCUACUAGUGGAGAGGGUGCUGAGUACUUGUGUGUGCCGCCCGACCCGGGCAUAAGGGCCAGUGCGUCUGCCGCUCCAGGUACUCGCGUGUCGGCUACCCCAGGUGCUGGUGAGGCUGCUGCUCUAGGUGCUCGUGUGUCUCCCCCCCUUGGUACUGCGUCGACUGCCGCACUGCACACCUUCACACUGGACUCAGGUGCUUCUCGCUGCUUCUUUCGUGACCGCACUGCCCUUGAGCCGCUUGCUCGGCCAGUUGCUGUCUCCCUUGCUGACCCCUCUGGGGGUCCGGUCAUUGCGACCUCCUCCACUGUCCUUCCCUGCCCUGCGGUCCCGUCAAGCACACUGUCAGGUCUCCACCUCCCCUCGUUCUCUACGAACUUGGUGGCAGGAUGUGCACUCCAGGACGGGGGUGUUCACCAGUUCACCCCUGCCUACGAGCGCGUGACACACUGCACGUGUGCUCGUACGGGCCGUCACUUGGCUACCUUCACUCGGCAGCCGGGGUCGGACCUGUACACACUGACUACUGAGUCCCCUCAGGUUGCUGCGACUGCGUCCGCGUCCGCGUCAGGUCAGCUGUCCGCCCCCUGCUCGUGUCGCUCGUUGGCACACGAGACUGUCCUCUGGCACCACCGCCUUGGCCACCCGUCUGUGCAGCGGCUUCGUGCCAUGCACUCCCGGUACCUUGUCUCUGGCCUGCCCAGGGUCCUUCCUGCCCUCCCACCCUCGCCUGCUCCUACCUGUCUCCCCUGUGUCGAGGGACGGCAGCGCGCCGCUCCUCACUCCUCCUCGUUCCCCCCGACGACUGCUCCCUUGCAGACACUCCACAUGGACGUGUGGGGUCCAGCCCGCGUCCGUGGUCAGGCUCAGCGAGCGUUUUCACUCGGACUUUCCUGUCCUGCGCUUGCACUCUGA